AAAAUAAAACCACAAGAGCGGCAAGUUGGCAUCAUGGCGAGCACAUGGCAUCGGUUUUCAUGUUUGCGAAGCAUGGGACGACGCGACUGAGCAUUGAACCGGCGAGAAUCCGGCACCUUGGUUCGUUCGAUUGAUCUACCGAGAUGCCGCUGACGCACCAGUACCUGCGUUUCACCAGCGGACCCGUGUUCGGUGUCCUUGCCAGCGCCGAGGCUCGGGUGGCCUUCGUGCGCUACCAAAACACGGCGUCCCGUUACUACGCUGUGACGGCCUGCGAAAACGUGCUUCUCUGGGACACCAAGACCAAGCAGAAGGUGAAGACCUUCUCGGGCCAGAAGCACUCGUCGACGUGUCUCGCUACGAGCCCCGAUCACCGGCAUGUGGCCGUCGGAUACGCCGACGGCGCGGUGCGCAUAUUCGACGUCUCCCAGGACCACGGAGAACCCGCGAUCACCUUCCAGGGUCACAAGGCGGCCGUGACGAGCCUGGACUUCGACGAAGGAAGGCUCGCCUCGGCGGGAAAAGACGCGGUCAUCAUUCUGUGGGAUGUCGUCGGCGAAGCUGGUAUGUUCAGGCUCAAGGGCCACAAGGGAGUGGUGACACGGUGCCGCUUCAUGCGCCGGCGUCCCAACGUGUUGGUUUCCAGCUCUAAGGACACGUUCGUCAAGUUCUGGGACCUGGAGACGCAGCACUGCUUCAAGACGCUCGUCGGCCAUCGCGGCGAGGUGUGGGACUUCUUGCUGGUGCGCUCUGACAGCUGGCUCGUGACGGGCAGCGCCGACAGCGAACUGCGAGUCUGGGCGAUCGCCGACAAGCAGCCGUCGGGACAGGACACCUCGGGAGACGCGGCGGAGGCGAAGAAGAGUCGCCCGGACGCCGCGGAGGACGACGCCACCACAAGGCGUAGUGACGUCGUCGAGGACGACGAAGAGGCAGAAGACGAGGCGGGUUGCCCACUGACGUGCACCAAAUUCGGCAGCGUCAUGCGCGAAGGCAAAGGCAGGGUGUGCUCACUGGCCGUGGACCCGUCCGAGAGGGCCAUCCUCUGCCACGGCGUCGACUCCUUGGUCGAGGUCUUCAAGUUGAAUGAUGAGACCGAGAUCAAGAGCAAACUUCAGAAGCGACAGCGCAAGCUCCGGAAGCGUCGCCUCAAGAUGGCCUCGGAGGAGGACCAACCGGAAGAGGAGGAGCCAAAAGCCGACGUCACCAUCGCCGACACGGUCGAGAGGUUGCAGACUUUCAAGUGCACCAGCAAGCCCUGCUGCCUCGACAUCUUCUCCGCAAAGAACGGUCUGGCGAAGGCAGCGGUUGGUCUCAAGAACAACCAGGUGGAGUUCUACGUCUUCAACAUGACGGACAAGAGCAUCACUCCGGUGCUGGCCGAGAGCAUUCAACUCACCGGGCACAGAAGUGACGUGAGGGCAGUGUCCUUUAGUUCGGACAACACCGGUAUCCUAUCGGUCAGCGGCGAGACCGUCAAGGUGUGGGGCCGCACCAGUCAGCAGUGCCUGCGAAGCAUGGCGUGCGACUAUGGUCUCUGCUGUUCUUUUCUGCCAGGGGACAGGCACUGUGUUGUGGGCACCAAGACCGGAAAGCUCCAGCUCUUUGACAUCGGGGCCAAAAGUCUCGUCGAGGAAGUCGCGGCGCACGCCGGUCCCGUCUGGUCGCUGGACGUGUACUCGAACCAGAGGGGCCUCGUUUCGGGUAGUGGCGACAAGACCGUCAAGUUCUGGGACUUCGACCUCGUCGACAGAGACGGGGCCAAGGCCCUGACACUGGUCCACACUAGAACUCUCGAAAUGGCGGAAGACGUUCUCUGCGUCCGUGUAACCCCCAACGGCAAGCUGCUUGCAGUGUCGCUCAUGGACAGCACCGUCAAAGUUUUCUUUAUGGACACUCUAAAGUUUUUCCUGUCCCUGUAUGGUCAUAAGUUUCCCGCGCUCUGCAUGGACGUCAGCUACGACAGCAACCUUCUGGCAACCGGUUCAGCCGAUCGCAGCGUCAAGAUCUGGGGGCUCGACUUCGGUGAUUGCCAUCGGUCUAUCCUUGCACACGACGACAGUGUUAUGUGCCUCAGGUUCUUGCCCAAGACGCACAUGUUCUUCACCGGAGGCAAGGACUCGACAAUCAAGCAGUGGGACGCAGACAACUUCCAGAAGAUCGUCACCCUUGAGGGUCACCAGGCAGAAGUGUGGGCGCUGGCCAUCAGCCCGGACGGACGAAACGUGGUCACGGCCUCGCACGACCGAUCCCUGCGUCUCUGGCUCAAAACCGAAGAGCCCCUCGUACUGGAGGAAGAACGCGAGAACGAGAGGGAGGCGGAGUUCGAGGCCAACGCGAACCUCGAGGAAGCAGUCAUCCCGAGGGAGGGCGGCAAGGACGAGCUGGGACUGGCCGCCAAGAAGACCACCGAGACUGUCAAGAUUGCGGAGCGGCUUUUGGAGGCCAUCGACGUGUACAGGGAGCACAAGGAGAAGCUGCGAGAAUACGAAAUCGAGCGCAAAGCGUCGGCAGAACCAGUUGCGCCCCCUGCGCCCCACCCACUCAUGACGGUCUACCAGACGACCUGUCCGGAACGGUACGUGCUCGAGACGCUCAGGAGGAUACGCUACAGCGAACUGGAAGAGACGCUGCUCGUUCUUCCGUUCGGAUAUGUCGUCGACCUUCUAAAGGCGCUCGCCGAACUACUGAGUCGCAACUGGGAGGCAGAACUGUGCUGUCGCUGCCUGUUUUUCCUGCUGCGAGUGCACAGCGGACAGAUCGGGGCCACCUCGGCGCUCGUGUCGACCGUGGAUAGGCUGCGGCUUUGCACUCUCAACCACCUAGACCAAGCCAGAGACGGAGUUGGCUUCAACCUGGCCGGGCUCGACUUUCUACAGAGAGAGAUCGACGCGCGGGAAGAGGUGGCGCUCUUUACGGACGCGACGAGAGCGUUCAAGGAGAGGAAGAAGAGGAAGACGAAAAAGGAGCGAGCCAUACUUUCCGUCGUGGCAUCAUGACGAACUCGUCAUAUUAAAUGCAACAGUGGUAGA